GCUACGACCAUGGAGCUUCAUAUCAUCCCUUUCUCUAAUUUUACCUUCAUGGCCUCCUUUCUCUUCAUCUUGGUGUUAUUCAAAAUAGUUAAAAGAUGGAGGUGUAACAAUUCUACUAUGAAUUUACCACCAGGACCAUGGACACUACCCCUCAUAGGAAACAUACAUCAGAUUAUCAGUAGCUCAUUGCCUCAUCACUGCUUCAAAAAUUUGGCAGAGAAAUAUGGACCCUUAAUGCACCUAAAACUAGGAGAGGUAUCAUGCAUAAUAGUUAGUUCACCAGAAAUGGCCAAAGAGAUUAUGAAAACAAAUGACCUUACCUUUUGUAAUAGGCCAAACCUUUUUUUAACCACAAUACUUACUUACAAUAAUACAGAUAUUGUUUUCUCUGCAUAUGGAGAAUACUGGAGGCAACUACGAAAGAUAUGCGUAAUAGAGCUAUUAAGUGCAAAGCGUGUCCAAUCAUUUAGAUCAAUAAGAGAAGAAGAAGUGUCAAAUCUUGUUAAAUCAAUAUCUGCAAGUGAAGGAUCAGUUGUUAAUCUGACUCAGAAGAUUUUGGCAACGACAUAUGGGAUAUCAGCGCGGGCAGCUUUUGGGAAAAGGAAUAUACAUCAAGAAGCGUUCAUAUUAGCAACGGAGAAAGCAUUGAGCCUGUUGGGCUGUGUUAGUAUUGUUGAUUUGUAUCCUUCUAUUAAAAUGCUUCGAAGGAUGAGUAGGGCGAAAACCAAAUUUGAAAAAGCUCAAAGAGAUCUUGAUAUAAUAUUGCAAGACAUAAUCGAUGAUCAUAAAAGAAGUCGUAAUGAAGAAAGCAAGGAUGAAGAUCUAGUUGAUGUUCUUCUUAAUUAUCAACAAGAAAAUUAUCACUCACAGUCACAGCAUCCCUUGACCGAUGAUAAUUUGAAAGCGGUCAUCCAGGACUUGUUCACCGGUGGUGGAGAAACAUCGUCAGGGGUUAUGUUAUGGGCAAUGUCUGAGAUGGUAAAAAACCCAAAAGUGAUGAAAGAAGCACAAGCUGAGGUAAGAAGAGUGUUUGAUGGAAAGGGUUUUGUGGACGAGACAGAGUUGCACCAAUUGAUAUACUUAGAGUCUGUCAUCAAAGAAACCAUGAGACUACAUCCUCCCCUACCGCUGUUAGUUCCAAAAGAAAGUAGAGAGAGAUGCCAAAUCAAUGGAUAUGAGAUCCCAGCAAAGACAAGGGUCAUGGUUAACGUUUGGGCUAUUGGAAGAGAUCCAAGGUAUUGGGUUGAAGCCGAGAGUUUUAAACCUGAAAGGUUUGUUAAUAGCCCUAUUGAUUUCAAGGGCACAGACUUUGAAUAUAUACCAUUUGGUGCGGGUAGGAGGAUGUGCCCUGGCAUUGCAUUUGCCAUACCCAACGUUGAACUGCCUCUUGCUCAGUUACUUUACCACUUCGAUUGGAAGCUUCCCAGUGGAAUGAAGAAUGAAGAGCUUGAUAUGACCGAGACAUCUGGGAUUACUGUAGGAAGAAAAUACGAUCUAUGCUUGAUUCCUAUUACUCGUCGUACUUAA